AAGAUCCCAGACACUGCAACGGGCUGGGCGCCCGGGUUAGUGGCUGUGGGGGCGGAAGGUCGGGCGGCUCAGGCCGGCGUCCUGGGAUUGGGAAGGCCGCGAAGCCCGGCUGAGUCGAGUUUCGGAGUUUGCGGGUUCCUGGCCCCGCCCGAGGUAAGCAGGAGCUUCCUCGCCUGUCAGAGUGCUGCCGGAAGACCUGGGCACCCCUGAGUCGAAUUCCUCAAAAUCCGUCCCAGUGGGAAACAGCACCGAGAUGUUCUCGGAAUCUGGUCCUUAGGAAGCUCAGCCCUGAUUUCCUGUCCCUGCCCCUUAUCGGAUUUGCAGAACUUCCGAGCCCUUGGCACAACUACAGGCGUACAGAAGGCAUUCAAAAACUGCUCACUAAUGAGGAAUCAGAGGCUCAAAGAGGUGAAGUGACCGCCCCAAGGUCGUUCAGAUAAGUGGCUGAAACUAUAGGAAACUAGGAGUGUUCGGUUUCAAGUUGGUGCCAAGCAGGGAAACAUCGACUCCUCUUGGAGUCAUUCAGGAGAACCGCUGAAAGAGAAGAGCUGUGUCUUCCUGUGAACAGGACACUGGAGCCACCAGCCAUUAGGAACUGAACUACCAUAGUAGAGGAAGUGGACAGUGAGGCCCAGGCCUUGUGGGGGCUGAUGGCCGGCAGAUGGCUGCAUCUGGACUGGGUGCAGAGUUUGCUCUGUGUGCUGCUGAUGGUGGAGACAGUGUACGGAGCCAGGGGCCUGUCUACAGGGGCCCACCUUACCCCCCAGUUUCCAGCUGUAGGUGUGAACAAGACCCCCGUAAAAGAUUGUCGAGAUGUGUGUAGCCUGAAUGCCUCUGACCGCUGUGACUUCAUCCGAACCAACCCUGACUGCUACAGUGGAGAGGGCUACCUGGACUACCUAGAAGGCAUCUUCUGCCACUUCCCUCCCGCCCUCCUCCCUCUGGCUGUCACCCUCUAUGUUUUCUGGCUGUUUUACCUGUUUCUGAUUCUGGGAGUCACCGCAGCAAAGUUUUUUUGUCCCAAUUUGUCUGCCAUAUCUACCACCCUCAAGCUAUCCCACAACGUGGCAUCCUUGACACAUUGUCCCCAUGGUGUCACCUUCCUGGCCUUUGGGAAUGGCGCACCUGAUAUCUUCAGUGCCCUGGUGGCUUUCUCAGACCCACGCACAGCUGGCCUGGCCAUUGGGGCACUAUUUGGUGCAGGUGUGCUAGUGACAACAGUGGUGGCUGGAGGCAUUGCUGCCCUACACCCCUUCACGGCUGCUUCCAGGCCCUUCCUCAGGGACAUCAUUUUCUACAUGGUGGCUGUGUUUCUGACCUUCACCAUGCUCUUCCGUGGCAGGGUCACACUGCCAUGGGCCCUGGGUUACCUGGGCUUGUAUGUGUUCUAUGUGCUCACCGUGAUUCUCUGCACCUGGAUCUACCGAUGGCAACGCAGAAGAUCCCUGACCUUCUCCAUGCCUGGAACUCCAGAGAUCCUCUCAGAUUCUGAGGAGGAUCAGGUGUCUUCUAAUACCAACAGCUAUGAUUAUGGUGAUGAGUACCGGCCGCUGUUGUCCUCCCAGGAGACCACGGCUCAGAUCCUGGCCCGGGGGCUCAACCCCCUUGAUCACAGGAGGUGGAGAAGCAAGUCUGUGUACUGGAGGGUCCUCAAGGUGUUCAAGUUGCCUGUGGAGUUCCUGCUGCUCCUGACUGUCCCCGUCGUGGACCCGGACAGGGAUGAUCGGAACUGGAAACGGCCCCUCAACUGUCUGCAUCUGGUCAUCAGCCCCCUGGUACUGGUCCUGACCCUGCAGUCAGGGGCCUAUGGUGUCUACGAGAUAGGUGGUCUCCUUCCCAUCUGGGCUGUGGUGGUGAUCGUGGGCACAGCCUUGGCUUCCGUGACCUUUUUUGCCACAUCCAACAGCAGGCCACCCAAGUUUCACUGGCUCUUUGCUUUCCUGGGCUUCCUGACCAGCGCCCUGUGGAUCAAUGCAGCUGCCACAGAGGUGGUGAAUAUCUUGCGGUCCCUGGGUGUGGUCUUCCGGCUGAGCAACACUGUCCUGGGGCUCACACUGCUGGCCUGGGGGAACAGCAUUGGAGAUGUCUUCUCAGAUUUCACACUGGCUCGCCAGGGAUACCCACGGAUGGCAUUCUCUGCCUGUUUUGGUGGCAUCAUCUUCAAUAUCCUUGUGGGUGUGGGGCUGGGCUGCCUGCUGCAGAUCACCCGGAGCCACAUGGAGGUGAAGCUGGAGCCAGACGGGCUGCUGGUGUGGGUCCUGGCCAGCGCCCUGGGGCUCAGCCUCGUCUUUUCCCUGGUGUCUGUCCCGGUGCAAUGCUUCCAGCUCAGCAAAGUCUACGGCUUCUGCCUGCUCCUUUUCUACUUGAACUUCCUCGUUGUGGCCCUGCUCACUGAAUUCGGAGUGAUUCACUUGAAAAGCAUGUGACUGAAGCCAUCUGGUGGUGGCAUGUCACUGCAGGCAGAUGCCCUCAGCCUCCUAUGAGGGGAUGACUGGGGACUGGAGCAUCUUCUGCAGAUUGCGGUGACCAUGAGUGGCCCUGGACUUCCACGGGCGGCUCUCACUACUAGUCUGAAGUCACCACUGUGAGCAAAGGAACUGCUGGGUCCCUCAAGCUGCCAGCACCCCACAAGCCUUAUCACUGGGACUUUGGAGACUGGGCUUUGUUCUGGACACAGGGCUCCAGACAGAAGCUGUACCAGGCCUUCUUGAGUUAUCUCUAGAGUUGAGGACGGGGGUGUGGGGAAGGGGAUGCUGGCUGCCUUCCAAGCCGUAUUGGAUGCCCCGGUGUGAUCACGGGUGAAGGCAUCCACAGGACGCAGGCUCUGCCUGGUCUCCCUCACUGGGUCUCAUGCCUCCCAGCAUCACCUCCUCAGGAUGCAAACGGUUGCCUUACCCUGACUCAAAAUGUCAGGGUGACAGGACCCCCAGGCCACCAAGAGCUGAGCUGUAUGUAGAGCUGUGUCAACUGUCAGAAAUAGAAUUCAAGAUGAGCUAAUUUUCAAUUUCUAGUUGUUAUGUCAACAAAGCCAAAAGAAGCAGGUACAAUUAACAGUAAUGUUUUACUGAACUCACUGCUUCCAGAAUACCCUCUCCGCCUGUGGCACUGCCAUGCCACACAUGCCACUGGCUCUAGACUCUCCCACUCUACCUUUGGCUGUGCAGACUCCUCUGUGCCCAGAGCCCUGGGGCUCCCCAGCUGCACACAGGAGUACAUGCGUGCCCUGUGCCUACCUCAGGGGAGCCCCGGGUCAGGGGCUCCAGUGCCUGCAAGCUCCACGGGGACAGAGGGGUUCCCUGGUGCCUUUCUGCUGUCACGGUGAUCCCACCUUUGAAAUAAGCAACUUUUGUCUGCCCGAUUGCCUUAUGCAGGUAAAGAAAAGGAUUCAAUUUUCUUUUUUUCCAAAUAAAAAAUGUUUCAAGGA